AAGACAGGACUCGUUCCGUCUGUAACCGUGGCUAAAAACGUACAACUCAUAAUCCCCAUAAAAAGACACAAUAAAACCCUAACCUGCCUGAGUUUAUUUUUCUCCCCGCCGAAAUCACACUGAAAGAAAAAGCAAAGGAGUCCAGGACUUUGGGUCUCUGAAUGUGCUGAAACUGCUUGAAUGCUUGUCAAUCCCAGUGCACCAUCAAUGCUUGCUCAAGGCGACGCUUCAUCUAGUUCAGGAGAUGAUGUGGACAUAUCAAAUGGUCGGAACAAACGUAAAACUGCAGCUGCUUCAAGUCCUGGCCCUCGUAAGAGAAACCGCAAGGGAGCCCCAGGGGAUGCUAUAGUGGAAGCUAUGUUAGAGAUUGCUGCUGCUUCAAAGAUGAGGGCAGCUGCAAUGGCGAAAAACGAAGAUCGGUUUUCUAUUAGUACAUGUAUUAAAGUACUAGAUGAGAUACAAGGACUGGAUCAACAGAUUUACUUCUUUGCUUUGGAUCUUUUUGAGAACCCUAAUGCUAGGGAGACAUUCAUAUCUCUGAAAAGUGAAAGAAGAGUGACAUGGUUGCAGGGCAAGUCAGGCGGCAGUCUCUCUGUUAGUACCAUGGUUUGAAAUCUGAAGGCCUUGGACCUUGGUGGAGCACAGGACCAGCCUUACCCCUAGGCAAUUUCACAACGCCUCAUAUUGUCAGAGGACAUACAUCUAGCAUAUUCUUCUUCUUCUAGUAGUUUAUCUUGUAGGUUAGAAAACUUAAUUCUCUAUGUUCUAUCAUUUAUAUUCAAAUAUGGUUGAAUGUACAGAGUAAAUGAAUUGAGCAAACAAGCUAACUGUCACACCUCAUAUGCAAUGGUUUUACUAUUGGAUUUGUGAGCAAAUGGUUCAUUUUGUUCACAGG